CUCAAGCAAGAACAUGUAGACGAGCUCUCCACUACCUUUUAGAGCUAAAAUACUUUCUCUCCUUUUUUCUGUCUCCCUUCUUUAAAUCGAAAUCCUCUCAACCAGCUUAUUGUCUCGUGGAAAUCUGCAAUGGAGAUUCAAUUCCAACAACAAAAGCAGCAUAUGAAAAAGGCAGGCAUUCCAAUAAGCAAAGAAAGCAAGUUCAAGGGAGGAAGAAACAGAAGCAGAAACACAAACAGGUUUGUCGGGGUGAGACAAAGGCCUUCUGGGAGAUGGGUGGCUGAGAUUAAAGACACGACACAAAAGAUAAGGAUGUGGCUCGGCACAUUUGAGACUGCUGAAGAAGCCGCCCGAGCUUACGAUGAAGCCGCUUGCCUUCUUCGUGGAUCCAACACUCGCACCAACUUCAUCACCCAUGUCUCCUCGGAUUCUCCUCUCGCUUGUCGGAUUCGGAAUCUCCUCAACAACAGAAAGGAAGCCAAAGAACAACAGGUUAACGUAGAUGCUACCAUUUCCACAAUUACUAGCAGUUCUAGCAGUAAUACUACUAGUUCUAGUACUUCCAGAAGCAGCGACGGAAAAUCCGCUUCUUCUGAGGUAUUCCAAGAUACGCAGUUGUUUGAUAAUGCAUAUAAACCAGAUUUAAGAAACUGUAGCGAGGAAUUUGAGCUGGGUUCUUCUCAGUGUGGUCCUUCGUGGGGUUUUGAUCGGUUUUUGUUUACUCAAGAAGCGUUGGAUUUGCCAAAGAACAUAGCUUUUCAUGACGCGGCGGAAUUGGAGAUUUCAGAAUUUGAGAGGAUGAAAGUUGAAAGACAGAUAUCAGCUUCGCUAUAUGCAAUGAAUGGAGUCCACGAGUAUAUGGAAACUGUGCAUGAUCCUGCUGAAGCUCUGUGGGAUCUUCCACCGUUAUGUUCAUUGUUUUGCUAAACGUGAUGGGAAUAUUAAUGGCCUUGAAUUUUAUUUUUCCCUGCUUCUCAGCCUUUAAUUUCUUUUUGUUCCCUUUUAAUUUGACCCAAAAGGUGGUAUAUGAUAUGGCUGAGGAUGGGUUGCAAGAUUACAUUAACAAGAGAAUUUUAAAUAUAAAAAUGAAAAUUUUAUUUAA